AUGCCUGAAAUACAGCUGUCCUGGCAGCAAGGAUUUUCCCUGGUAAGAAAGCCUGUGAAAAAGCGAGCACCACGGAGGAAAAGACAACAGCGUUUCGAAUUCGUCGAGGAGGAUCCCCAGGAAACCUGCUUGACAAGACGUUCCCCAUUCGCCACCAAACAGCCAGUGACUCCCCCGCAGCCAUCUCGAGAGCAUGCAUUCGUACCAGAUUCACACGAGUGCUGUUCCCAUGGUGAAGAUGCCGGAGAUGAACUCUCCCAUGACCUCUCAAUCGGAACUUGGAAUAGCAGUCGACUGAUUAUGAGCCAAAGAUCUCCCGGUCUAGGGAACGGAACGGCCGAACCUUACCUGAACCCGUGCAGUAGCGAAGACGAGUCUACAUCCUCGCGUUUACCCGAGCUCGCUCCUAGUGAGCAUACCUUAGUACUGCUCGCCCAGUACAGAGCCGCGACGGCACGGAAUGGGCCUCGGCAGACCUUCCCCUUCCUCUUUUCACAUCCAUACCAGCGACUAUAG